UUUGGAUUUUAACCUGGCAUUUAUAUUUGUAAUAAUAUUGGUAUUUCGUAAUUCGUAAUAAAUAUUAGUCUGAUACUAGAAUAUACUUGCCUACAAAUUACAAUCUACGUUGUAAACUAGUUUUAAAAGUAAAAAUGAAUACAAGUGCUCAUAAUGUGUAUUAUGAAGACAUUCCACCUGAAAAACUUAACGAAGGAGAAUUCUUUUGCACAGAAAAGAUAGUUCCUAGGAAAAUAAAGCCCCAAAACCUAGUAUUAAGACUUAUGGAACGGGAGGUAUAUGGUUCCCGGAAGCCAGGUGCACAUCUGCAUGUUGUUCGAGAGUUCUACCAGAAUGUCUUCCCUAAUUUGACAAUAGUCAACGUUGAGAAACCUCCAUGUUUUCUGAGAAAGUUCAGUCCAGAUGGGAAACAUUUCAUAGCAUUUUCUGCUGAUCAAACUUCACUGGAGAUUUAUGAGUACAGAGGAGCUGCAGCAGCUGGUGAUCUGGUAGCCGGUUACCCCUCAGAUCUGUUAAAUGCUGAUGCCGAUGCUCAUCACAGAAUACGCACACACAUAUUUUACAGAUUCUUCAAGCCGAAAUUUACAGUUAAUGUAUGUCAACAAAGACUUGUUGCUAGGUCAGAAUUAAAUCCUGGCCAGCUACCAUUUAUGGAGCAGCAAUUGAACAGAGAAUGUAGUCUUUUCACUGAGGAUGGCCGCUAUGUCAUUGUUGGCUCUGCUGCUCACAUACCUGAUGAUUUGAGACCUCAUUUUUAUCAUAUACAUAGCAACAAUGAAGCAGUCACACCAACUAUCAGGUCUGCACUUGAGGAUUAUUCUCUCCAUUUAGUUGAUCUGCACCAUGGCAAAUUAUGUGAUAAGAAACAUUUCAGGACUGACAAAAUCUACCUUUCACAUAAUCAAGGCAUUUAUCUAUACAAAGAAUUACUAGCGGUUCUAUCAGUGCAACAUCAAACAAUACAUUUGUUUCAAAUUGUUGAUGGCAUGUUAAUAGAAAUUAGAAAAAUAGGUCGCUUUUGUUAUGAUGACGAUCCAUUCAUUGUCAGCUCAGUGUUCGCCCCAGUUGUAAAUGAGCGACCAUACUGCGAAGAAACUAUAAAUAGCUUAAAACAUAGGCUGCUUGUGUUCCUAUUUAAAAGGGCGAAAACUAUAACCGACGAUACUAAAGACCCUUUGGAAUUGAGAAAAUUUUAUAAAUACUUUGAUAUGUUCAAGAGUUUGAGAAUGUGGAAAAUGCAGUUAUUGGACGAGGAUCAUUUAUUCAUAAAGUAUGCUAGUGAAGAAGUAGUGACGCUGAGGGUUGCGGAACCAAAUAGCCAGUCCUCUUUUUUCGUAAUAUACAACAUCAGUGAGAGUAAAAUCUUGGAGGUGUAUGAAAAUACUUCCGAAGGGCUGCUGCAACUGUUUGAGAAUUACUGCGACUGCUUUAGAAAUGCGAGAUUAUGUGCUGACUCUCAAUUUACCUGUUCCCCGUCAAAUAACUUGUAUGCGAGGUUGACGCAACAGAGAUUCAAGCAGACAAUCGUGCGGGCUAUAUACGGAGGGCGCACGGAGGCGACUAAAAGGAUUCUUGCACAGUUGCCGAUUAGCGCUCAGUCGUACAGUGGUUCGCCAUACUUGGAUUUGGGACUCUUCAGUUAUGACGACAAAUGGGUUUCUGUUAUGGAAAGGCCUAAAGCAUAUGGGGAGUAUCCAAUACGUUUUUAUGCUCGAGAUUCCGGAUUGCUGAAAUUCAAAAUUUACGCUGGAGUGUUGGGCCAGACGGUACCAGCGAGUGCGCGGCGCCUCGUCGCCUUUACAUUCCACCCAACCGACCCCUUCGCUAUAAGCGUGCAAAGAACAAACUCCGAAUAUAUUGUCAACUUCCACAUAAGAAAUGCAGUCUUCAGCUGACAUUCGUAAUUUAGUAUUUAAAGCCUAGCCUAGUGGGAGAUUUACUACCUACGCGACGUUUACUUAAUCGCGUGGAAAUUAACUAUGAUUUAUAUGAUAUCAAAAGAGUGUUAUCUAGUGACAGUACGGUUUCCUAGUACUGUUACUAGAUGGCGCUUCUUCGACUCUAUUUUAAUCGUAGUUGACUUUCACGCGAGCGAAAAAGUAAACGUGGGUAGAAAAUCUCACACUUGGCACUUUGUUCACUAAGAGGUGGACCGAUGGCAUCAAACGAAACGCAAGAAGCCGCUGGACCCAAGCGGCACCAAACUUGUAUUUUAAACUCCUUUAAUAAGACCGAUGUUCAGCAGCGAACGUCAACUGGUUGACAUGAUGAUGAUAACUGUGUAUAUUGUAAAUAGUACCUAAUAAACAUAUAAUGUUAAACUUAAUCAUAAAAGUUGUACCUGAAAUAAAUAUAUUAUUUUGAAUA